AUUUACAACUCGUCUUACUCGUGAAAGAAUCAAUUUCAUAAUACCCACAGAACCUUCUUAUUUACGAUCAUUUUCGGUUUAAUCGUGCUUUUACGAGAUUGAAAACGUGUAUUUAAAAGAAGAAUAUGGCACCACGCAGAGAUAGUCGUACUAAUCACAAUAGUAUAAAUAAAGCUUCCAAAAGAAGUAAAAAUAGCUGGGUCAAAAGUUUCGAAUGGCCUCAAUUUUGGUCUUUAUUAACAGAUCCAAGAAAAAUUGUAAUAACUACAAAGUUAUUUAUUUUACUGGAAAUGCUUUUGAAUGUAUUCAUUAUCGAAAGAGUGCCUUACACAGAAAUCGACUGGAAAGCUUAUAUGCAAGAAGUGGAGGGUUUUUUAAAUGGUACAUUGGAUUAUUCAAAACUAAGAGGUGAUACAGGGCCAUUGGUUUAUCCUGCUGGAUUUUUAUACAUUUUUUCUGCUCUAUACUAUGUCACCGUGCAAGGAGCGCAAAUUAAAAUAGCUCAGUAUAUCUUUGCUAUUCUUUACAUCGUUUUACUAGCUUUGGUCUUCCGCAUUUACUCAAAAACUAAAAAGGUGCCACCUUAUGUAUUAAUUUUGAUGUGCUGUACGUCGUAUCGAAUACAUUCUAUAUUCGUGUUAAGACUUUUUAAUGAUCCGAUAGCUAUGAUAUUAUUAUUUUCAAGUCUAAAUGCAUUUUUAGACGAGCAUUGGUAUUUAGGAAGUAUUCUUUAUAGCCUUGCUGUAUCUGUAAAAAUGAAUAUUUUAUUAUUUGCACCAGCACUUCUUGCUGCAUAUUUAUGUAUCCUAGGAAUAUCGAAGACUGUAAUACAUUUAUCCAUUUGUGCAGUGAUACAAGCAAUUUUAGGUUUACCUUUUUUAAUUGAAAAUCCAAUUUCGUAUAUUAAAGGAGCAUUUAACUUAGGAAGAAUUUUUGAAUUCAAAUGGACAGUAAACUGGCGAUUUUUGUCAGAAGAAGUAUUUGUUAAUCCAUACUUUCAUAUUUCAUUGUUACUAUUACAUUUGUUGAUUUUAGCUGUCUGUGUACCAAAUUGGAUAAUUUAUUUGAGAUCCUAUGCAAAAUUAAAACAAAUGGAAAAAGAUCUAAAACCUCAAUUACAAAAAAAAGAAAAAGUGGAUAUGUCAACGAUGAGUCAAUUAUUUAUUUUUCCUUUAUUUGUAGCAAACUUUAUAGGCGUCGCGUGCAGUAGAUCUUUACAUUAUCAAUUUUAUAUAUGGUACUACCAUACAUUACCGUAUCUUGCAUGGUGUACAAGUUAUAAAACUGCGGCGAAGCUUUCAAUAUUAGGAAUAAUAGAGCUUUGUUGGAAUACUUAUCCAAGUACAAUUUAUAGUAGUUUUGCUCUGCACGCUUGCCAUAUAAUUUUAUUGUAUGAUUUGAUUAAAAACAAAAAAAGCGAUAUAAAAACAAAAUGAAAUUGUUAUAUAUUUGAGACUGAAUUUGUUAUCUAGUCUUUUUUCUAUUUGACGUAUAAAACUUUAUAUGCGUAAAAUAUUCUCCUUUCUAAGGACAAUCGAAAUGUUGAACAUCUAUUUUUUAUGGAAUUUUUUCAAUAAAAUGACUAAAUUAAUUUUA